UACGGUACCUACUUGAGUCUACACGCAUACUAGACCACCCUUACUAGGUCUGGUCUAGAUAACCCACUUCUUUAUACUUCAAACUAUUGGGUAUCUCACCGCCUGUCUAGAUAGCUGGCCUAGGUAGCUACUAUCUACUAGUUUCUCCUUGCUUCCUUCCUUAAUUACUUCCUACCUGCUCUACCUCAGACCCUCGUCCAAACUAUAAAAGCAAGCCUUGAUCCCCUUCCUCUGCUCCGCAUUCCUAUAUUCCAUCUUUGUCCACCCACGAGUCAAACAAAACAAACCAAAUAAAUACAGACUCCCCAAGUUCCAAACAAACAUGUUUCCCUCUCCCGCUUCCUACGUCGCCCUCAGCAGCGGCGGCGUUUCCCCCGGCCAUUCCUCUUCCUCCUCCCCGCGACUCAUCGUCCGCCACCCCCGCCUAGCCAUCUUCACUCUCGCCCUCGUCGGCGUCGGCGCCGUCUUCAGACACGUGUCGACGACGAUCCGCAACAACGAGCUGGCGCAGAAGAGCUCGCCUGGUUCGCGGUUCUUUGUCAGCGUGGACAGGAGUGGUGGGGGAAUCUGAUUGUGCUAUCCGGGAAAAAAGGAUGAAAAGACGAAGGGGUGGGUGAUGUAGGGUGGUUGGUGGAUGUAGGAUGUUCGUGAACAAAUGAGUUAAUGAGUGAUGAAUAAUGAAGCGACAUGAGUUGGAUGAUGCGGGAGGUGUAGAAUUUCUACGUGGACGGUAAUGACAACAGUGGAAAGUUUGGGAUUUGAAUUUGGAAGAUGCGUUCGUGCGAGGGGAUGAACCUGGAUUAGCGUUGAUCAACUUUAUCAGAAUUACAAGAAUGACAACGGCCAAGCAUGAAGAUAGUCAAACGCCAAUCGCGUCAAUUUUACUCUGCUAAAAAAAACAAGGCAACGAGACACAACUCAAAAAGCCCAAACUGAAAGAGAUGCUAAG